AGCUUUACCUUGGGAGUUUCGGUCUUUUUACUGCAGCAUAGAUUAUGAUGAGGAUGUUGGACUCUGGCCCUGGACAAUGAAGACGACGAACGAUGAAGAACUCAUGACCGCAUCAGUCGACGACUUCUUCAUUUAACGUCCUUCUGCAUCGGAAUUGUCGAGAAGGGCAUGGAAUCGUCCACGCAGCCGUUGUGGCAUGCCCAGAUUACGGGCCGCCACAAAAAGAUACGUUGGGGCGUUCAACGGGACUUUAUUCCUCCUUGGGUUUCUUCGAAGAAAUAUCAUGUACAUUGGAUUCCUGCUGUUUUUGAUCAUCGGCUUUCACCGAUUUGGCGUUCUGUUUAUUAAACUUGCUGUUCUGGCUUUCGCUCUGGCGUUCUGUGUUCAUGAUGGCCUUGGGUGUUUACCUACGAGGAAGUCAUUCGGCCCGGCGUUCACUGUUUUGGGGUAUGGGACGGGAUUGUCGGAUUAUUUUCCCCUCUGGCAGCAAGUGCGAAGGUGGGAGCUCUCCAGUUCCUGCAGGCAGAACAUAACGAACCAUUAAAAGUUGUCUUCGAACCUCAAGUCUUCUGAAAUUGUCUCAAAUCCGUGCACGUUCUCUCGUCUCGUCUUGAAUGUCGAUAUGCCAG